UCAACUGACACCCAGAACACCGACGUUUGAACACGUUUGUUCACUUUUACUACUCAAACCCAUACAAGCUGAGGGGGGGAGGAGGAGGACGACUUGAACAUAAAAUCGCCGAGUCGUCAGAAAACCUGGACUCAUCAUGGGUAAAGUAGGGACGUGGAAAGCUGCAGCAGAAGUCUCCAAAGAGUUUGGGAGGAAACAGUAAACGGGAUAUUAUCGUCUUCUGACGUGCCGGGAUACUUGUUGUCUUAUAAAGGAUCGCAGAGAGACGUUUCGGUACAGGGCUCCUUCGCUUACGGGAGCGGGGGGGAGCGCUUUGUUGCAGCUGAAAUGGUCGAAGCGCCCUUCGCGUCCGUGUUUCGCACCGACGGACGGGACUUGAUCCGAUGAGAGGUCAGCUGUACGUCAAAACCCGACUCUGCUUAACAAAAAAGACACGCCGAGGGUCAUCAUGUGGACAUGCGGGAUGUGGACGUGGAGGGCAACUCUGUGUUGCACGCUUAUGGAAAUAUUCUUUCGCAGUGUUCAAGGUUUAAAUGUGUGUGCCAGUGGCAGCGCCACAUCCUGCGAAGAAUGCCUCCUCACCCAUCCGAGCUGCGCCUGGUGCGCACAAGAGAGUUUUGGGAGGUUGAGGGCGUUUUCGUCACGGUGCGAUCUUAGUGAAAACCUGCAGAAGAUGGGCUGCGAUGCUCGGUUCAUCGAAUACCCCAGGAGUACUAAUUCCAUCCUUAUGAACAAGCCACUGAGUUCUAAAUGGUCCGGGCCGACCCAGUAUGAUGUCGUCCAGAUAAUGCCUCAGAAGAUCUCCCUCAGCCUGCGGCCAGGUGACCAAACGUGGUUUGAGGUGCAGGUACGGCAGGUGGAGGACUACCCGGUAGACCUCUACUACCUGAUGGACCUCUCUCUCUCCAUGAAGAAUGAUCUAGAUACCAUCCGCAACCUGGGCACCAAGCUGGCCCAGGAGAUGGGCAAGCUCACCAGCAACUUCCGGUUGGGUUUCGGUUCUUUUGUGGACAAGAACAUGUCUCCUUUCUCCUACACGGCACCCAAGUACCAGGAGAAUCCAUGCAAUGGAUACAAGCUGUUCCCCAACUGUGUCCCUUCCUUUGGUUUCCGCCACAUCCUUUCGCUGACUGACAAGGUGGACCGUUUCAACGAGGAGGUGCAAAAGCAGAUGGUGUCUCGCAACCGGGAUGCGCCAGAGGGUGGAUUUGAUGCCAUCCUGCAGACGGCGGUUUGUAAGGAGAGAAUAGGGUGGAGGAAGGAGGCCUUUCACCUGCUAGUGUUUGCCACAGACGACGUGCCGCACCUUGCUCUGGAUGGCAAGCUGGGGGGUCUGGUCACGCCCCAUGAUGGACAAUGUCACCUUAAUGACAAGAACGAGUACAGCGCAUCUACUAAGAUGGACUAUCCCUCUCUGGCUCUACUGGGAGAGAAAUUGGCAGAAAACAACAUUUAUCUGAUCUUUGCGGUGACCAAACGGUUAUAUAUCAUUUAUAAGAAUAUUACCGCGCUGAUACCUGGAACCACAGUAGAAAUCCUAGACCACGACUCUAAGAACGUCCUUCAACUGAUCAUCAACGCUUACAACAACAUCCGUUCCAAAGUGGAGCUGACCGUGUGGGACAACCCAGAGGACAUCAGUCUCUCCUUCAUGGCGACCUGCCAGGACGGGCAACCGCUGCCAGGCCUCAGGAAGUGUGCUGAUCUGAAAAUAGGAGACACCGUAUCCUUCAAUGUGAGUGUGGAGGCGAGGAGCUGUUCUUUCCGAGACUCGGACCAGACCUUUACAAUCAAGCCUGUGGGCUUUAAAGACCGCCUGGAGGUAACUGUGGAUUAUCAGUGCGACUGCAGUUGCGCCCGGACAGCGCAGGCCAACAGCAGCAUCUGCAGCUCCAUAGGUACCUAUAACUGUGGGAUCUGUCGCUGCGAGCCAGGCUACCUGGGUGCCCACUGCGAAUGCCAGGAGGGAGAGGCGGGCAGUCUGUACAUGAGCGCCUGCCGUGAGGCUGAGGGUAAGCAGGUCUGCAGUGGACGAGGGGAGUGCAGCUGCAACCAGUGCCUGUGCUAUGAAUCAGAGUUCGGCAAGAUCUAUGGAAGCUUCUGCGAGUGCGAUAACUUCUCCUGUGCCCGACACAAGGGCAUCCUCUGCUCAGGUCACGGCGAGUGCCACUGCGGGGAGUGCAAGUGCCAUGCCGGGUACAUAGGCGACAACUGUAACUGCUCUACCGAGACGGCCUCCUGCUUCUCGGGCGAUGGGCAGAUUUGCAGCGGGCGAGGAAGCUGUGUGUGUGGACGCUGCCAGUGCACUGAGCCAGGGGCCUUUGGAGAUACCUGUGAGAAAUGCCCCACCUGCCCUGAUGCCUGUGGCACCAAGAGGGAGUGUAUUGAGUGUCGGCUUUUCAACUCAGGACAGCUUGCUGACAACCAGACCUGCCAGCGCCUAUGCAAGGAUGAAAUCAUCACAGUAGAAAGCCUCAAUACCGAGGACCCCAAUGCCGUGCUUUGUCUGUACAAAACGGACAACGACUGUGUCAUGAAGUUCACCUACUCGGAGCACGCCAACGGACUGUCUGUCCUCACCGCUCUCAAGGAGCCAGAGUGUGGUGGAGGUCCAGAUGCCCUGACGGUGCUGCUGGCGGUCGUGGGCAGCAUCCUGCUGGUGGGCAUCAUCCUGAUGGCUGCCUGGAAGCUGGUUAUCACCGUUCACGACCGGCGAGAGUUUGCGCGCUUCCAGAGCGCACGCUGCCGUGCACGAUACGAGAUGGCCUCCAACCCUCUGUACAAGCAGCCCAUCUCUACCCACGCAGUCGAGACGGAUUUCAACAUGUACGGCAAGUCUUACAAUGGAGGGGUCCACUGAUCCCUCACCACCUCGGGGCUGGUGGUGAGGGCCAGGGCACGGCAGGACCGGUCCAUCUGACAGAGCAUUGCAGGACAGGACAGAAGCGGAGAGAGUGGACUACGCACUACAAAAAUCCCUCAGCACAGCUCCGAACUGAUACCAGAAUUAAAAACAACGACACUGUGCUGGAGGGAUUUUGUCUCUUUCUUUUUUUUUUCUUUUUUCCUUUACCGAGGAGAAGCCAACUGACUUCUGUUUUAGUCUGAGUGGUUUGCUGAUGCAGUGAAACUCAGCGGUGGCGCGACAAAGCGGGAACUCUUGUGGCUUGCUCAGAGAUGGACGGAGUUAGCCUGUUGGAUGUUACAUAAGACAAUAAAAAAACACAAAACACAUUUUCAUGAAAAGAAUAUCAAUCUGCUGACUAAAAAGCAGUAGUGGAGAACAGACGAGGCAUGGAUUUAUAUUUGUAUGUAUAUUUUUUUUCGACUAGAAAAAUGCCUUUCUCACUGCCAGCCAUGCAUCCUACAAUGCUUUCCUCUCAGCAAGCAGAAUUCAUACAGCAUCCGAGGAUUUAAGUUUCUCCAGAUUUUAGCAAGCACAUGUGUUUGAGGGCGAUUAUGAUGACAUUGUGGUACUACUAACAUUUAAUGAGCAAUAGACUUCCUCUGUGCCUUUUUUGCACGGAGAAAAAUUUGG